AUCAAUUUAAGAUGUGCCGAGAAACCAUCGCGGUGCAGCUGACUUUGAUUGUUGAGCACUUGUGUACGGAGACUGGCUGCGCACAAGUUUCGCCCACAGAUCUCACCCCGCGUUGCUGGAGCAGGCAGCUUCUGAAAUAAUAUAAUAUCUUUCCCUAUCACCCUCCGAGUAAAUCUUUUUUUACGUUCCGCCAUUCCCCUCCGUCUCCCCUUCAUACCACAACGUUCAUCAAUUGCAAUAAUUCACCUCACUAUGCUGGGGAAAAUCACUAUCGAGGACCACUUCAACCUUCCUGAGUUCGCCGAAAAAGCUAAAUGGUGGGCCGGACUCUUCGCAGUAGACGCAGAUAAACAUGUCCGAGAAAUCAGCGAUGUGAAAAACAUACGUCUCGAAUAUGCCGAUAAACAUGGCGUCGGUUUCCACAUACUCAGCUACACUGCACCCGGAAUCCAAGAUAUUGCCGAUCCGGCUGAAGCCCUUCGUGUCGCUGCUCUGACUAAUGAUUACAUUCACGACCAGAUUAAAGACUACCCUGAUCGUUAUGGAUCUUUUGCCGCACUACCCAUGCACGAUCCCGCUGUUGCGGCAAAAGAGCUGAGGAGAUGUGUAACCGGAUUGGGAUUUAAAGGGGCGCUGGUAAAUGAUAAUCAAAUCGCUAGUGAUGGAGAAUCAAUAAUUUUCUACGAUCAACCGGAAUGGGAUAUUUUCUGGCAAGAAUGUGUGGAUUUGGAUGUUCCUUUUUAUUUGCACCCCAAACAGCCUACGGGCAAGGUGUUUGAUACUCUCUGGGCCGAUCGAAAGUGGUUGAUUGGACCUCCCUUGAGUUUUGCGAAUAAUGUUUCGUUACAUUUGAUGGGGAUGGUGGUGAAUGGAGUGUUUGAUCGCAAUCCGAAAUUGAAAGUUAUCGUUGGACAUUUGGGCGAACAUAUCCCGUUUGAUUUGUGGCGCAUCAAUCACUGGUUUGAGGAUAUCAAGAAACCAUUGGGAAUGCCAAUCAAGAAGAGUAUUUACGAUUAUUUCAGGGAGAAUAUUUGGAUUACUACUAGUGGACACUUUUCAACGUCGACGUUGAAAUAUUGCAUUGAGGAGUUGGGGUCGGAUCACAUCAUGUUCUCCACGGAUUAUCCGUUUGAGUGCUAUGAGGAUGCGUGUACUUGGUUUGAUGGGCUGGAUUUGAGCCCCAAGGUUAAGAUGGAUAUUGGAAGGGAUAAUGCUAAACAGCUUUUCAAGCUUGAUGGUUUCAAGGAUCAAAAUGAGGAGAUAUAAUUUACAGAGUAUGUCUCGACAGGGAGGAGCAUGGGGGGCUUUUUGUUUUCUAGUGGUAACAACGGACGCGUAUUAUCUUAUGAGAGCAACUUGCUAGUUUUCAUGGAGAUUGACAAUACAAGUGAUGGUCAGAUCUCACUUGAAAUAAUGUGAGAUUACAUUAUAUCUAUCCUCGCCCUCCACACUUUGUUCCGCCGUCGUAUCAGUAACAAAAAUCACGUGCAGACCGCAGACGUC